ACCCUUUCCUCUGGCUGUGCGGAGACGUGGCGCAGGUGAUGGAGGGUAUGCCAUUGAGCAUGGGUGGGUUGCGAACGCUGCCAUGGUAUGUGGCUGGCUCUCAAGUGGUUGGGCUGGCAUGUGUGGUGAUCACAGGUGUGUGGAUGGGACAUUACCGUGGAGGUUAUGCAUGGGACGGCUCGGCACAAGAGUUUAAUGUUCACCCUCUCUGUAUGGUCCUUGGUCUGGUCUUCCUCUAUGGAGAUGCUGUUCUGGUUUAUCGGGUGUUUAGAAAUGAGAGUAAGCGUUCAGUGAAAAUUCUCCACGCUUUGCUGCAUAUGAUGGCGCUCGUCAUCAGUAUUGUGGGUCUAGUUGCUGUCUUUGACUUCCAUUCGUCAUCUAAGAUCUCCCACAUGUAUUCUCUGCACAGCUGGUGUGGCAUGCUCACUUUUGUGCUCUUUUUCCUGCAGUGGUUACUGGGACUGGGAUUUUUCCUUUUCCCGUGGGCGUCCGCUCAGUUGAAGAGCUGGUAUCUUCCCCUGCAUGUCUUCUUCGGCCUGCUGCUUCUGGUCAUGUCUGUGGGCUCGUGUCUGCUGGGAAUCACAGAGAAACUGCUCUUCAAUAUCAUGUCAACUUACUCAACGUUUGCUCCUGAGGGCAUCCUGGCCAAUGUUUUAGGCUUGUUGUUGGUGUGCUUUGGGGUGCUGGUGGGUUACGUGGUGACCAAAGAAGAUUUCAGGCGACCACCGAAUCCUGAAGAGGAGGCUUUGUCCGUCCAUUUCAAGACCCUGUCAGAAGGAGAAAUCCCCAGUUCUCCUUAAAGUCAUAAUGUGCUCCAGAAACAGCCCUUUCUGCUCUUUCUACCCAUGUCUUAUUAAACAUUUAAGCCAGCUCCUCCAUCUGUAGUCUUCUCUCGCCGCCAUGUUCCACCAUCCCAAA